GCAGUGCGUUCAUUUUAGUUUCAGUCAUCACCAGAGAGAAGCCCAAUACACAGAGAAAGAGAGAGAGACAAACACUUGGACCGGAGAGCAUGGAAAACCAUCAGAACGAAGCCCUGCUGGAGAGAGCCUCCAGCUCUGAGACUGUGACUGAGCCGAGGAGCAGGAACAGCAACAGUAAAGCCCUGAAGGUGACCGGUUUGACCUUGUUGGCAUGUCUUCUGCUGGCUGGUCAGGCUUUCACAGCCUACUACGUUGUGGGACAGAAGGAUCAUCUCCAGGCUCUGGAGAAGGGUCAGGAUGUCCUGAAGAAGGAGAUGACUCGCAUGCUAACAGUUGCCCCUAAAAUGAUGCACACCCCCAUGAACAAUAUGCCAUUGAUGGUGGCCAUUGAUGAGGACAGCCCCAAAAAACGCGUACCACUCACGAAACUCCAGUCAUCCAGCUUCGCAAUGCAGAGGGAGGGAAGUGGCCUUGUGGAGGGUCCCAGAGCAUAUCCUAGGAGGAUCAUGAUGCCCAAGAACCACAUGCCUCUGUUGUCUGAAUUCAGCAUGGACAAGCUUGAGGAAGAGGAAAAGUCCACUGAGUUUCCUGCUGCCGUGGUGGAGACUAAGUGUAAGCUUGAGGCUGGGCAGAUCAAACCAGGCUUCUUCCAGCCUCAGUGCGAUGAGGAGGGCAACUUCAAACCCAAGCAGUGCUGGUCCAGCACUGGCUAUUGCUGGUGUGUGGAUAUUAAUGGCAAGGAGAUCCCCGGCACUCUGAGCCGUGGUCCCAUAGAUUGCAAUGGAACCACCACAGAGGUCUAAAAUCUUGGCUAAAGCCAGAAAACCAGAAGGAAUGGAGCAGAAAAUCUUACACCGUGAAUCAAACAACAUUAAUAUGUUUGUUGUUACAAAUCAGAAAAUCCUGUCCUGUCUAGUAUCUCUCUCUUAUCUGACUCUUUUAUUUCACAUUAGUCUUGAGCAAAGUGAUUCUUUCUUAAUAAUUCCAAAUAAAUUCAUUUAGCAUCUGAUAUUGUUUUUGUUCUAUUUAGAUUAGAUGUUUACUGGUGAUUACUGUUACAUUCAGAACAGUUGCUACAUACUGACUAAUGCUAAUUUGGAUGCAUUAUUUUCUUUUUUAAUGUUAAUUAUUAAUUUUCCUAUUUUAUUUUAUUUUUUAACUUAAGGCAUGUUGGAGAUGGCAAAAUACUAUAGGAUAUGGGUUUAUGAAUGAAAAGGAAUGUAUUGUGAAUAAGUGGCCUUCGAAUAAACCAUGCCUCCCUAUUCCAA